AUGGCAUCAUCAAAUCCAUUUCGCAGAUCAGUCGCGCAGCCCCGAGCUGCUGACUCGGCUCUCCCUCAUCUCGAUCCCAUAGACACGACGGAGACAUACGCCGCACCCCCGCGCACAUCCUUUCGCGACGCAGAACCCAGCGACGCAGACGAAGAGCCCGUGCCCGAGCCCGAGCGCAAAAAGAAGCCGGUGAAGAAGGUCAGGGUGCUGACACCGCCGCCACUGUCGCCUGACUCCUCGGAAUGGCCAGACGCCGAGCCCAUGUAUCGGACCGGGGCGGGCCUGGCGCCGCCCCCAGCCGCUUACGACCCAUUCGCCGGGUCGGCGACGGACGAAAGCGACCGUGACAGCACGGCGACGCCGCCGUUCCCAAAGGUCGCGGCUGUUGCUUUAGCGAGCGCGCCACCGCAGGCGCCUACAGGGCCGCCAGGCAAUCCGUUCAGCCGCACGCUGCACGACAUGGAAACUGCGCCGAGUAAGGAGGAGCUGGACCUGCAGCAAAAGGAGGAGGGCGAAGCCCUCAAGGCCGCGAAUGCCGGCACGCCGACUCUCAACGUGGAUGCCUUUAGGAGGCUCCUCUUAACAGGCAAAUCCGGAAUACAAGGCUCCGAGGCAUCGGCUGAUGACCAAGCGCUCGCGUCGUAUAACGCGCAAGCGAACAAAAUUGUGCCUGCCCUCGACGGCGCACAAGACGAGAGCCAAACAAAUAAUAACAUACAGCUGGACCAACAAGCCGUCUCGCCUUCUAUCAAGGACAAGAAGCUUGCGCCGCCGCCGCCAAGUUCACGCCAUGGCAAGACUAUCCGGGGCGGGCAGCCCAGGCCAACACGCUCGGAAUCGGAACGCCAAUCCAUGUCGCCAGAGACAGAAUUUACAUUACAUUCACGCACGCCGAGUGGAAAUGGCAUAGAAUUUAUCUCUGACGAGGGCUCAUCGGCUGACUCACAUACCAAUGAGGCAGCAGCACCAAGCGGGACCAAGAAGGCAGCACCAGCGCCGCCGCCGCGCCGAGGCCAUGCUCGCACGGAUACAAAGUCUAAUCUACCCUCAGCUCCGCCGCUUAAGCCCAACGAGGACGACUACGAGCCUCGUUCGUCUACAGACUCGACGCAUCGGCAAGAGCGGGCACAGAUCCCCGCACCGCCACCACCGCGGCGACCGCACGCCACGCCCAAGCAGAGCGGAGCGGUGGCCGCACCGUCACCCGCGGUAUCCUCGUCAUCGAUCCCGCAGCGCGGCCAGGUAGAAGCGGCAUCUCCUAGCCCCUCGUCAAAAACGGGCAAGUCGCCCGCGCCACCGCGCCCUCCGUCCAGGAACCCGUCCUCUGCACGACGGCUACCUGGAGGCGGCGGCGGAGGUAGCGCGUCUUCCGCCGAGAAGCGGGACAGCCUGCCCCCGCCGCCGCCGCCGCGGCGCAGUCGUGGGAGCAGUAGCCCGACGCGCAAGUCGAGCUCGGAGAUGGCGGACGCCGCGUCGGUCGACCCCAGUAAGGGAGCGGAUAUCCUGGCGGACCUGGACGCACUGCGGCGCGAAGUCGAGGCGUUGCGGGGUGCGCGGUGA